UGUGGGUCACAAAGAAUUACCAAAGCCCACCUGCCCUGAAAACUUUAACCAUUUAAGACCUGCAAACACGCAACAAAGUGGGAGCCUUCAUCAUUAGUCAUUCCAAAGCAAAAGCAAAAGAUAAAAGAAAAGAAAAGAAGAACAAGAAGGAGGAGGAGGAGGAGGAGGAGGAGGAAUUUUUCUUUUUAAAAAAAAAAAAAAAAUUAUGCAAAAUCAGAGGUCAUUUGAAACCCAACAGUCUCUGAUGCAAACAGGGCAGAUUUCAGGAAGUUUGAGUUUCACUGGGAUUAUGACAAAAGAAGAGGAAGAAAUGUCGAAAUCUGCUCUUUUGACAUUUAGGGCUAAAGAGGAGGAGAUUCAGAAGAAGAAAAUGGAGGUUAAGGAGAGAGUUCAAGCACAGUUGGGUCUAGUUGAACAAGAAACUAGGCGUUUGGCUACAAUCAGGGAGGAGCUCGACGCCCUAUCAGAUCCGAUGAGAAAGGAAGUUUCACUGGUUCGCAAGAAGAUUGAUUCGGUCAACAAGGAGAUAAAACCACUUGGACAAACAUGCCAGAAGAAGGAGAGGGAGUACAGAGAAGCCCUCGAAGCUUUCGAAGAAAAGAACAAAGAAAAAGUACAGUUGAUCACAAGAUUAAUGGAGCUGGUAAGUGAAAGCGAGAAAGCGAGAAUGAAGAGGUUGGACGAGCUGAGCAAGAACUUAGAAACGCCACGCAUAGCCUAAUGUUAAGUAGGUUUGUGUAAUAUAUUUAAGAACGAUAUUUCUAUUUAUAUAUAAAUGUUGGUUGUUUUUCGGGUGGGUUUGAUUGUAUUAUGGUGAUUUUGUUGUUAGUUUGAUUAGCUUUCGAUGGAAGGGUUUCUAAUUUUAGCAAGGGGAAUUCCCCACAUAACAGAUUCUCUUGAUUGUAAUGUUUUGGAUAUACUGAUAUUGUACUGUUUGUUUCAUUAAACAUGAUGUUGUAUAGUUCUAAGGAAA